GUAAAGUCUUUUUGAACCCAAAAAUAUCUAAAUAAAACAGUCCCUUUUUUUGUAUUGCGAUUGCUUGAGAAAUCCCAUACAAAAACUAUUGUUUUGUCGCUUUCCAAAUGAUGGUUCAGUGGUUGAUCUUGCUAGUGCAAAGGCAAGAUCAACAAGGCGCUUCAUUGAAAUUGGAGGGGCUCCUCUUGCCUCCUGCCUCUUGCAUUGAUGACUUGUUCUUAUUAGCAGAUUUGCUCAAGGUAGCUUGUCCUUCUGUAAUUGCUCAUCUGGAAUGGGGAAGUGAAUUGAAUGUUGCUUACCACCGUGAUGCCCAGUAUUGUCUUCAAUGGAGUCUUUGCUUGGGCCUUUAUCCAUGGGCUGGCAGCUCUCAUGGUCCACAGCUUUUGCUCCAAUAUCAUGCUCUUUCUCUGCUGCCGAACGCUCUCUUUCUCAUUGUGACAAGUUGCCAUUGAUAUCCCUCAACUAAUAAUAUUCUUUGUUAUUUUAACCCUAGCUUUGAGCAGCAGAAAUGAAGAUGAGAGAUGGGAAAUUACUGUACUAAUAAAGAAAAAGUGUAGACCUUUUAAGAAAAUGCAAGUUACAUGGGAAAUACUGCAAUGCUUUCUGAGACUACACGUAACAAGAAUGAUGUUUUCAAAGAAAAACAAUAAAAGCAUGUUUGGAUC